UUCCCGCCGCUCCGGGGGCAGGGCCGCGGUGCGCGCCGGGAGCGGGCGGGGCGGCGGCGGAGCGCGGGCUGGGAGGCCCAGGAUGGCGGAGAGACCGGAGGACCUGAACCUGCCCAACGCCGUCAUCACCCGCAUCAUCAAGGAGGCGCUUCCUGAUGGAGUCAAUAUUUCCAAAGAAGCCCGGAGUGCGAUCUCCCGAGCGGCGAGUGUGUUUGUGCUGUAUGCAACAUCAUGUGCAAAUAACUUUGCCAUGAAGGGGAAGAGGAAAACCCUGAAUGCCGGGGACGUGCUCUCUGCCAUGGAGGAGAUGGAGUUCCAGAGAUUCGUGGCCCCUCUGAAGGAGUCCCUGGAAGUUUACAGGCGUGAGCAGAAAGGAAAGAAAGAGGCCAGGAAAGAUAAAGACAAGAAGGCAGACUCGGAGGAGCAAGAUAAGAGCCGAGAGGAGGACAAUGAUGACGAUGACGAAAGGAUGGAGGAGGAAGAACAAAACGAUGAGGAAGAGGUGGACAACUGAGCUCGCUCGUGGGCAGGGGCUGGGGUGUGCUCAGAGGGAUAUAAACGCUGUAAAUCAA